AUGGGUUCUCUCAACACGUCCGCCUCCAAGGAUGAGUUGACCGUACUGGUCACCGGGUUCUCGCCCUUCAAAGAGCAGUACCCCGUGAACCCAUCGUACGAGAUCGCGGCCUCGCUUCCUGAUUACCUGCCCGCGGAUCGGCCCAAAGACCCGGCCCACCAGUCGCCGGCCAGUCUGCCGCCCGUGCGGAUCGCCAAGUUGCCCGCGGCGGUGCGCACGAGCUACGCCGUCGCGCGCGAGAUCGUGCCCACGAUUUGGGACGAUGCCGAACAUACGCCCGACUUCGUCGUCCACAUCGGGAUGGCUGGCCCGCAGCUUGUUUACCAGCUUGAAAGGCGCGGCCACCGCGACGGCUACGACAAGAGGGACGUCGACGGCAGGCUCCUCGGGGACGAGGAGAGGCGCCGGGACCAGGGCGACGACUGGGUCUGGGCUGGGGUGCCCGAGGAACUGCUGACGGAUCUGGAUGUGGAGGAUGUGCAUCGGCGGUGGGUUGAGCGCAGUCCGAAGAACCUGAAUCUGCAGAUCUCGGAUGACGCGGGGCAUUACCUGUGCGACUUCAUCUACUUCUCGAGUCUGGCUCACCUGUGGAAGCAGCAGAGACCUCGGAAGGUGGUCUUCUUGCAUGUGCCUCUGCACCCGGAUAGGCAGUCGCUGGAACGGGGACGGGAGCUGGUGCUUACGCUGAUACGGUCGAUUGUUGAGAGUGAGAUGAGCAAGAAGGCGAAGUCGUCGGCGGAGCUGUGA